AUGGCUGACCUGUCUCUUGGUCCGCUGAGGAUUGCGAACCCGGAUGAUGCUUCUCCUGAUACUGCAUUACAGCCUCAAUCUACGCCGGCCACACUUCCAAACGUUUCUCCACUGAACGAUGUCACCGGACGAGGCGACUACCUGUCAGCUGUGCCUCCCAGAUCCGACAGCCCUGUUUCUCCGUUAGAGACGUCUCCGGACGGCCCAUCGUCUCAAGUGACUACUGAGCUAUCAUCAUCAGUCUCGUCUUCCACUGCACCAUCGACCUUCGCCCCGAAUAAUCGCCCGGCGGACCGAACCGCACAGAGGUCGAAUCUUCCCUACACAUAUCAAGAUCAGCAACAAGCGCAGUUUCCUCAAUACCCACCCAACUCGAAUCGCCCUGGAUCAACCUAUUAUACACAGAUGCCUGUCAACGGUGCUGCCGGCAACGGGAUCUCGAGACAAGGAUCGUACAGGGUGCGAGGUGAUGGAGCCGGCAAUUCGGGCUUCCCUGUGAGGACCUCUUCAAAGAGAUCGGGCAUGGGAGAAGUGGCCGGUGUACCCUCAAGAGAUGAUUCUCAUACAGAAAGAGCAUAUGGGCCAGGACAAUAUACGUCGGGCAAUGCCCCUCUCCCACCACGAAAGGCUUCUCGAGGAAUGGGCUCAACACGGCUGGGUUCCACUCCAGUCGGAAGCACACCGCUGUCUACCACUCCGGGGUCGAUACAUACGCCUCUUUCCGGGUCGCCGUACAAUCUCGAAGAUCGACCUUUGACCAGCGCGGCCGAAGACUGGCAAGAACGGGGGGCGGCUGUGGGCGUUAAGAAGGAAUACGAUGCCGAUGGCCGGGUAUCAAUUAAGCCUGUCAAAAAGGGGGUAAAAGAUUUCAAUUUUGGGCGUACGUUAGGUGAAGGUUCUUACAGUACAGUGCUUGCGGCGACAGACCGGUCAACCGGCAAGGACUACGCAAUCAAGGUACUCGACAAACGCCAUAUCAUCAAAGAAAAGAAGGUCAAGUAUGUCAACAUCGAACGGGAUACGCUAAAUCGGUUGACGGAUCAUCCUGGUGUCGUCCGAUUGUACUACACUUUCCAGGACGAGCGAUCCCUAUAUUUCGUCCUUGACCUAUGCCCCGGAGGUGAAUUGCUCGGGGUACUAAAGCGAAUGUCGACCUUUGACGAAGAGUGCACUCAAUUUUAUGGCGCACAGAUUCUUGACACAAUUGAAUACAUGCACAGCCGCGGCGUUAUCCACCGAGACUUGAAGCCCGAAAAUCUCUUGCUCGAUGAGAACAAGCACAUCAAGGUGACCGAUUUUGGUACGGCCAAGCUGCUGUCGGAGAGAAAGGAUCCCGAGGGACGAAUCGACUUCGAACCUGAUGCCACAUCGGAUGAGAACAGGGCGAACUCGUUUGUCGGCACUGCAGAAUACGUGAGCCCUGAAUUGUUGACGGAUAAAAAUGCCUGUAAGGCCAGCGAUCUCUGGGCCUUUGGGUGUAUCAUAUAUCAGCUCCUGGCUGGUAGGCCACCAUUCAAGGCUAGUAACGACUACCAAACCUUUCAGAAAAUUGUCAACCUUGACUACGACUUCCCUCGAGGCUUCCCGGAUCUUGCUCGGGAUCUUGUAGAAAGACUACUGGUCUUGGAUCCUCAGCGGCGUCUUUCGCUUGAACAUGCGAAAAAUCAUCCCUUCUUCAACGGGAUACAGUGGGGUCGAGGCCUGUGGCAGCAGAAAGCGCCGCGGUUGAAGGCUUACGUCCCUCCUCCACAGGCACCUAUCAAGCUCAAUGGUGGCGGUGCUGACCAGGAGAGCUACCCUGCUAAUAUAGCACCAGCACACAGCACACAAUCGACCAUGCUUCCUCCGAACAAUCAGAAACCGCACCCACGUGUGAUCACUGAGUUGCCGCCACCGAGCCAACUCGACAUUGAAUGGUCACCGGUCCUUACCAGGAACAAUGAGAGAAUCCUCAAGUUGGGCAAUCUCUGUGUUGUGUCGACACCAAAUCCUCAUAGUCCCCACGGGGGCGAAGGAGGAAACAAAUUGUCCAGGUUGUUUGGCAGCAGGGACACCAAGAAGCGACAAAGGCUUGUGAUGGUGACAUCAAGCGCUCGCAUAAUUAUUGCAGCAGCUGGCGGCGAGGAGAAGAAAUCCAAGUCAGAGAUAUCUUUGUUGUCCCCCGGCACAGAAUUCUCCAGUGCGACAGACUCGAAGGGAAUUACUCAGUGGAUUGUCGAUACGAAGGACAGACACUAUGUUUUCGAGGAUCCAAAACCGCCUUCGAAUGAACAAAUGGCGACGGCCAUAUCAGCACAGGAGUGGCUUGACGCACUGGUAAGAGCCCGAGAGAUUGCAAUCUCUUUGCAAAACUCCAAUAACACCUAUGCCAAUGACGAUACCCUCAACUUGUCAUCUUCCGGGCUAUCCAGUCAUGCAAGCACAAUGGAUAGGACGACAGACCUGAGUCUUCAUUCGGUCACCCACGGGCACUCUGGUCGUAUGAUGCUUCACAAACAACUCUCUGGAGGCGAUACCGAAUCGCUCAAGGGCAGAAAGCGUUUCAGCAAACGGCAAUCCAAGAGCGGGUUGACUGCGGUCUUCUGA